AUGAUUAUUUUCAGAGAUGCUCUUACUGAGUCGAAGGACGAGCUCCUGUCCGACUCCUUCAAGUUGAAGGAGGUCGAUGGGAUCGCCUACGAAGCCGACUGUGCUAUGAUUGAAAUCGGCGCCGUCGAUGUUGACACUGGUGCCAAUGCCUCGGCCGAGGAGGCUGACGAGGGUAUCGACGAUUCCGCUCAGAAGGUCAACAACAUCAUCCAUUCCUUCCGUCUUCAGCCUACCAGCUUCGACAAGGCCUCAUACUUGUCUUAUCUCAAGGGUUACAUGAAGAGACUCGCCAAGCACCUGAAGGACAGUGGCAAAUCCGAGGAGGAGAUCAAGGAUUUCCAGACCAAGGCUCAGGGUUUCGCCAAGAAGAUCGUUAGCAACUUCAAGGACUACGAGUUUUACACUGGUGAGAGCAUGGAUGUUGACGGAAUGGUUGUCCUCCUGAACUACCGCGAGGAUGGUGUCACCCCCUAUGUCACUAUCUGGAAGCACGGUCUGGAUGAGAUGAAGGUCUAA